AUGGCUGCUUGGUCACUAUCAGUUGGGAUAGGAUCUUGUACUCUUAAAAAUGGCAUCUCUGGAACAUGGAGAUUUCCUUCUGCUUGUUUUUUAACUGGUAAGAAGAACAAGACUAAACCUGGAUCUGAGACACUGAUAGUUACAAGAAAACGUUUUUCCGGGGAUUUGGUUACAAGCGCGUUGCAAAGUUACCGGUUGAGCAAGAUUUGUGCUUCAAAGACUUCUAUCGAGCUGAAGGAACAGGCAUCUACUAGGAGUGCUCGGGUCGAUGACCUAAAGAAGGUAACGUCCUAUUUGUUCAGGACGAAAUCUGGUGCUCUUGUUAAAGUUAAAGUCGAAAAGAAGAGAGAAAAGUACAGCAUUAUGGUUUAUGUUUCAUCUUUGGAACUAAGUGGUGAAGACAAGAGUAGACUGGUGAUGGUUUGGGGUGUAUACAGGUCUGAUUCUUCGUGUUUUUUGCCUCUAGAUUUCGAAAACUCUUCCCAAGAUUCACAAACCCAAACAACAGAAACACCUUUUGUGAAAAGCUCCUUGUCUGAGUUAAUGCUAGGGCUAGAAUUUGAUGGGAAAGAAUAUCCUUUCUACCUAUCAUUUCAUCUGAAGUUAGUGUCGAGAACAGAUCCGAAUGGUCUAGAAAUGCUGACUCAUAGAGACACUAAUUUCUGUGUUCCGGUUGGUUUUACUGCUGGUCAUCCAUUGCCAUUAGGCAUUUCUUCUGGGCCAGAUGGUGACUCUUGGAAUUUUUCAUUCUUUUCAAGAAAUUCAACGAGCGUGGUUUUAUGCUUGUAUGAUGAUAGCACAGCCGAUAAACCUGCUUUAGAGCUUGAUCUUGAUCCUUAUGUCAAUCGUACAGGUGAUGUUUGGCAUGCUUCAGUUGAAAACACAUGGGAUUUUGUGAGAUAUGGGUACCGUUGCAAGGAGAUGGCUCACUCGGAAGAAGAAGUCGAUGUUGAAGAUGAGCAGAUUCUUUUGGAUCCGUAUUCCACUGUCAUCGGUAAAUCCGUCUCUCAGAAGUUUCUUGGAAGUUUGUUCAAAAACCCUUCUUUUGAUUGGGGAGAAGAUGCGUCUCCAAACAUACCACUGGAGAAACUUGUUGUUUACCGGUUGAAUGUAAAGGGUUUUACACAACACAAAUCCAGCAAGUUACCCACUAAUGUAGCAGGGACUUUUUCUGGUGUAGCUGAGAAAGUGAACCAUCUGAAAACCCUUGGAACCAACGCUGUUCUCUUGGAGCCAAUAUUUUCAUUCUCCGAGCAAAAUGGUCCUUACUUUCCAUUUCAUUUCUUUUCACCGAUGGACAUGUAUGGACCUUCCAAUGGCCUUGAAUCUGCGGUCAACUCAAUGAAGGAAAUGGUGAAGAAAUUGCAUAGUCAGGGAAUUGAGGUACUUUUAGAAGUAGUUUUUACACAUACUGCUGAUUCGGGAGCUCUUCGCGGAAUUGAUGACAGUUCUUAUUAUUACAAGGGAAGGGACAAUGUUUUAGAUUCUAAAAGUUACUUGAACUGUAACUAUCCUGUUGUUCAGCAGUUGAUUUUGGAGAGCCUGCGUUAUUGGGUAACCGAGUUUCAUGUAGAUGGAUUUUGUUUCAUAAAUGCUUCGUCUCUCUUGAAAGGUGUUCACGGUGAACACCUCUCUCGUCCUCCCUUGGUCGAAGCAAUAGCUUUCGAUCCGCUGCUUGCAGAGACCAAACUAAUUGCUGAUUGCUGGAAUCCACAUGACAUGAUGAUUCCAAAGGAAGUACGGUUCCCACAUUGGAAGCGAUGGGCGGAAGUUAAUACAAGAUAUUGUCGAAAUGUAAGGAACUUUGUGAGGGGGAGAGGCGUUCUUAGCGACCUGGCUACAAGAAUUUGUGGAAGCGGUGACAUAUUCACCGAUGGAAGAGGUCCUGCUUUCUCUUUCAACUAUAUUUCCAGAAACUCUGGACUCUCUCUUGUUGACUUGGUUAGUUUCAGUGGCCCUGAGCUAGCGUCAGAGCUAAGUUGGAAUUGUGGGGAAGAAGGAGCAACAAACAAAUCAGCUGUUCUUCAAAGAAGGCUAAAACAAAUCCGCAAUUUCUUGUUUAUACAGUACAUUUCACUCGGAAUUCCGGUGCUCAACAUGGGAGAUGAAUGCGGAAUCUCUACAAAGGGAUCACCUUUGUUAAACUCACGGAAACCCUUUGAUUGGAACAUGUUAGCUUCAGCUUUUGGUAAACAGAUCACGCAAUUCAUCUCCUUCAUGGCUUCAGUAAGAGCGAGGAGAAGCGAUGUGUUGCAAAGGAGAAACUUUCUGAAACCUGAGAACAUUGUUUGGUAUGCAAAUGACCAAACAACUCCGAAUUGGGAAGACCCUACUUCCAAAUUCUUGGCAUUGGGAAUCAAAGCCGAGACAGAGGAAGAAACAACCGCGUCGUUGGUUGAGCAAACCGAGCCAAAGAACAAUGAUCUGUUCAUUGGAUUCAAUGCUAGUGACCAUCCUGAGAAUGUCAUCUUACCUUCACUUCCAGAUGGAAGCAAAUGGAGGCGAAUGGUCGAUACAGCUCUUCCUUUCCCGGGGUUUUUCUCUGUCGAAGGAGAGCCCGUUGUAGCGGAAGAACAGAUGCAGCAACUGGUAGUGUAUGAGAUGAAGCCGUACAGUUGCACUCUUUUUGAAACCAUCAAUUCUACUGCUUAG